CAACUAAAUUAUUUUUCUUAAACGACUAAUUCAACAACAACGAACCAGUGAUUAAGAGUCAACCAGUACAUCCUUCUCCUUUAUGAUAAGAAGUAAACUCAGCCUGCUUUCUUAAAGAACCAAAAUCUCAAAAGCUUUCUAAGCAAAUUUUCUUCUCUCAUUUUCCCUUGAGUUUCAUGAUGAUUAAUUUUCAAGUUUCUUCUUUCAGUACUUAUAUCCUGAAUUUGCUAUUUCUUCUUGUUCUAUUCCUCCCUACUACAUAUGGUGAUUGUGGGUGUACCGAUUCCGGGAGCACACAGAGUGACAAUAGCACAGCACUUAAAUAUAAACUGGGUGCAAUAGCUUCCAUUCUUGUUGCUAGUGCUGUGGGGGUAAGCAUUCCAUUGCUGGGCAAGAAAAUUAAAGCUCUAAGGCCAGAAAAUGAUUUCUUUUUCGUAAUCAAGGCCUUUGCAGCCGGUGUGAUUCUAGCAACCGGGUUCAUUCAUGUACUACCGGAUGCUUUUUCACGCUUGACUUCACCAUGCCUAAAUCAAAAUCCAUGGGGCAAUUUUCCCUUCACAGGUUUCUUUGCAAUGUUGUCAUCUAUUGGAACAUUAAUGGUGGAUGCGUAUGCCACUAGUUAUUUUAAUAGGAUGCACUUGAUUAAACAGGCAGGUGCAGAUGAGGAAAAAGAAGAUGAGCAUGAAGGUCAUUUACAUGUUCAUACACAUGCCACACAUGGUCACGCUCAUGGCUCGGUCAUCCCUUCUGAAGGAACAGAAUUAACCCGUCGUCGUGUUAUAGCACAAGUAUUGGAAUUAGGAAUUAUUUUUCAUUCAGUAAUUAUUGGAGUGGAUUUGGGUGCUAAUCAAAGCGUUUCUACAAUAAGGCCUCUUCUAGUAGCAUUGUCAUUCCAUCAAUUUUUUGAGGGUGUAGGGCUUGGUGGCUGCAUCGCUCAGGCUAAAUUCAAGUCCAAAUCUGCGGCAAUAAUGUCAUUAUUUUUCUCUCUCACAACCCCACUGGGAAUUGCAAUCGGAAUUGGAGUAGCAAGCACUUACAAAGAUAAUAGCCCAACUGCUCUAAUUAUUGAAGGGACUUUCAAUGCUCUUGCUGCUGGGAUUCUCAUAUAUAUGGCACUUGUUGACCUAUUAGCAGCAGAUUUCAUGAACCCAAGACUGCAAAAAAAUGUGAAGAUCCAAUUGUGGUCCAAUAUCUCACUUCUUCUAGGGGCUGGAUUUAUGUCACUCAUAGCAAAAUGGGCUUGAUUCUUAAGCACUAUAUAGUCUUUACAUUAUUAUGUUGUACUUGUCUUGAUAUAGUUUUUUUUGUGCAACUUCCUGAUUGUUUUGUUGACACAAUACCAUAAAUAACUCAAAGGAACAUAUCAAAUUUGAGAUAAAUCAAAAGAAAAGAAAAUUCCAUUACAAUAAAUAAUAAAUGGUUUUAUUUAUUUA